GGUCUUGCACAAUUUCUUCGUUUGCUCAUUCCCUAAUCUUCUAGUUGCUUCCCGGCUUGGGGCAGUCCUUCGUUAUAUUGAAUCCACCCACUUGCCACCCCCAUUGUUAAUAAUUCAUUUCGCAGUCAUGAUGCUCUCCCGCUCGAUCCUUGUAUUCCUCUCUCUCGCAGUCGCCGUUAGCGCGAGUGCUAUCCCCCGUGCCGAUGGCGCCUGCACCGACCCGGCCGUUCGCAAGGAGUGGCGCGAGCUUACUGACCCCGAGAAGGCCGAGUACAUCCGUGCCGCUGUGUGUCUGCGCAAGCUGCCAAAGACGAAGUAUGCCCAAAUCAACGCUGUCACCACCCGGCUGGACGACUUAGUCUACACCCACUUCACCCUCAGGUCGAUAAUCCACUUCGUGGCCAACUUCCUCCCCUGGCACCGAUAUUUGUUGAAGGUGCACGAGGACCUGCUACGCAACGAGUGCGGCUACACCGGCGCCCAGCCGUACUGGGACUGGACCAUCGACGCCGACGCCCAGAACAUGCCCGGCUCGCCCAUCUUUGAUCCCGUCACCGGGUUCGGCGGCGACGGCCAGUACACCGGCAGCACCCAGCCGGGCUUCCAGCGCUGCGUGAUCGACGGCCCUUUUGCAAACACAAACUUGACGCUGGCGAUGGGGUGGCCCGAGACGAACGUCCGCGGCGACCGCCCGCACUGCCUCACGCGCGUGUUCAACUCCGGCCAGGGUAACGAUGCGAAUGGCAACCCCAUCGUUGGCGACAUGCAGUUGAGGGCGUACAACACUCAGGUCAUGAACGCCAUCUAUGCCUUUGACAAUUUUGCCGACAUGGCCACCAUCCUGGAGGAACUGCCGCACUCAAUGAUUCACAGAGUCAUCUCCGGCGACAUGGGCCCCACCACCGCGCCCAAUGAGCCUCUCUUUUUCCUACACCACGCCAACGUUGACCGUGUCUGGGCCAAGUGGCAGGGCCGUAAUGACACGCGCCUGAACGAUUAUACUGGCUUCCAAGACACCGGCCGGACCAUCCCGGCCUCGAUCACUGACACCAUGCCCGUCCUGGAGCUUUCCGACACUCCGCCCACUGUCAAAGACUAUAUGAAUACCCAGGCCGGCCCUCUUUGCUACACCUACUCAUCCAUGUAAUUGGUUGGCUUGCGCGUUGGGCCCGGCGUGCUGUGGCGGAUAUAAUCACUGUACAUAUGGAAAUGGGAGCAGCUACGCGGAUAUGAUUUUGUAGCUCUCAGGUUCAACUGUAAAUUUUAGACGGAAAGCGAAUGCCUAUUCCAUGUUUAUACACGAAUGCACUCUUAAACGCUGA